GCGGCGUCCAGCGCGGACUGCGGUUCCCGCCCGGCGCGCGGGGGCUGUGACUGCUCCUCCCGGGAGGAGCGGCGGCUCUGUAGCGUGUCGGAGCCUCCCGUGCGGGGACUCCGUAGCGUCGCAUUCCCUCGGAGCGGGAGACACGCACCCGGAUCUCGGAGCACCGCUCUCCAGGGCUGGCGGCCGCCACGGCGUUUGCUCGGGUCCCCGGCGCAGUCCGGGUCGCCGCGGCCGCCGGGUGCGCCGGGGAGAGUGCACCGUCGCAGAGCGGAGGCGACAGGGAAUUGGCGGGUCCUGAGCCCGCUGCCACCGGCCACCGCGGGCCAGCCGGGCUGCGUGCGGCGGAGUUGCAGCGCUUCUUAGCUCGCUGAAGCCCCAGAAGACCCCUGCCUCCUGCGAGCCGGUGCCCCCCAUGGAAGGGUUGUGUGAUCCCCUGAAGGUGUUGUGACCCACAGGUUGAGAACUGGUCCUAUAGGAAGAGCGUUUCACAUUCACACCGCUACACGGCAUUAUAGAAACCAGUAACCCUGAAAUAGAGUCCAGAAGACUGAGGAACAAACUGAGCCUUCUCGGAUUUCAAUAGUGGAACACAACGUCAGAGCUGGGAAGAGGCCAAGAAAGAAGAGAGCAUCUCAGCGUAGCAGCCCUUGAACGGAAUAUAUCCCAGAACUUAGAAAUACUUUUUUGGACAACCGUUUCUCCAAGGAGGACGAAGCCCCCGGGACCCAUGUGAUCACGCCUGAAGAAGUGCCUGCCCCAGCUGGCCGUCCCGGCUGCCACCAUGGGCCCUGCAGGAAGCGCACUGGGCAGUGGCCACGUGCAGAUGCAGAUGGUCCUGUGGGGAAGUCUGGCUGCUGUGGCCACGUUCUUCCUCAUCACCUUCCUCAUCUUUCUGUGCUCCAGUUGUGACAGAGAGAAGAAGCCCAGGCAGCACAGCGGGGACCAUGAGAACCUCAUGACUGUGCCUUCCGACAAGGAGAUGUUCAGCCACUCAGCGACCAGCCUGACAACAGACGCGCUGGCUAGCAGCGAACAGAACGGCGUGCUCACCAACGGCGACAUUCUUUCAGAAGACAGCACCAUGACCUGCAUGCAGCAUUAUGAGGAAGUCCAGACCUCGGCUUCGGAUCUGCUGGACUCCCAGGACAGCACGGGGAAGCCCAAGUGUCAUCAGAGCCGGGAGCUGCCCAGGAUCCCUCCUGAGAACGCUGUGGAUGCCAUGCUCACAGCCAGGGCUGUGGAUGGGGACUCAGGGCCCGGUGUGGAGGGGCCCUACGAGGUGCUCAAGGAUAGCUCCUCCCAGGAGAACAUGGUGGAGGACUGCCUGUAUGAAACCGUGAAGGAAAUCAAGGAGGUGGCCGACAAAGGCCAGGGUGGCAAGUCCAAGUCCACAUCCGCCUUGAAGGAGCUUCAGGGGCCCCGCGAGGAACGCAAGGCUGACUUCGCUGAAUAUGCCUCUGUGGACAGAAACAAAAAGUGCCGACAGAGCAUGAACGCCGAAAGCAUUCUGGGAACUUCCAGUGACCUGGACGAGGAAGACCCGCCCCCUGUCCCGGUUAAACUUCUGGAUGAGAAUGCAAACCUUCCAGAGAAGGGAGAGCAAGAGGCAGAAGAGCAAGCUCCAGAGGGGACCAGUGAACACAGCAAGAGAUUUAGUUCCUUGUCAUACAAGUCUCGGGAAGAAGACCCAACUCUUACAGAAGAGGAGAUCUCCGCGAUGUAUUCCUCAGUGAAUAAACCUGGACAGUCGGCUCACAAAACCGGACCGUCUCUGAAAGGGCCAGAGUCUCCCUGCCACUCCAUGCAGAGACUGCCUCAGAGGUCACCAUCUUCCUGCAAUGACCUCUAUGCCACUGUCAAAGACUUCGAGAAAACUCCGAGCAGCACCAGCAUACUCCCUCCAGCAAGGAGGCCCGGUGAGGAGCCAGAGCCUGACUAUGAAGCCAUACAGACUCUAAACAGAGAGGACGAGAAGGUCCCUCUGGAGACCAACGGCCACCCUGUCCCCAAGGAGAACGACUACGAGAGCAUCGGGGACUUGCAGCAAUGCAGAGAUAUCACCAGGCUCUAGCAACCCAAGAAGCAGCCGCAAGGAGCCAGUGAUCGGCGCCCAGGACAGCUCUGCUGCGGAGGAUACGAAGAGUCUCAGGCUGCUUCAGUUUACUGAGGUCCAGUGCAGAUUCAUAGCUGUUUCCCAGUUUCUGAAACAGUAAGGUACAGGGGGGCCAGCCUGCCUGCCUGCCAGGGCGCUCACAAGAUGACCUCCGCAUCCCACAGACAAGGCAGGCUGUGAGGGGAAACUCCAGCCCACCCCACCCCCCACCCCCAGGCCCACCUGCCUGGGAAGAGCCCGGGGUUUCUUCCCCACUCUACUUCCCUCUGUCUGCUCCUAGUGCUGAGACACUGGCAUUUCAUCCCUAAGACCUCCCUCCCCACCUGUGGUUUAUCCCAUGGACGUUCUCCCCAGACGACCUGGCCGCUGGCUCCUGUCUUUGGCCAGCCCUCGCCCCAGACCUGCCCCGUUGCACCCUGGGAGUCUGGACAGUGCAGGCUACUCCGUUUGGGGUGGGGUGUCCCUGGUGUCUCUGGGGUCUUCCCUGCUUAUUUGGAUACUCUAUCUGUAGUCUUUCACACGGUACACGAGGUCAGUUUGGAUAUUCUUUCUUUUAUUUUUUUCUGUUCAAAACUUUCCCCUACAGAGUUUGAAUUCUUAGUAACUCCUGCGGUACUUCUGUGGUUGUUUAAACUCGGCGCUCCUCCUUCCAGACAGAGCCUUAAUGUUGGUGUUGGGACCCAGACCACGUGUGUGGACGGCAGCCAUGGCGUCUGUCCCCAAAGGGCUGCAGACCUGAGUUUGUGUUUCCAGUGAUCUUGCUGCCCACACGUGUGACUUUCCUGUUAUCUGGUGGUAAUCUGAGUAAAAUGUAAACAUUUAUUUUAUUAUAUAAAUUUAUAAGAUGUUUUACGUUUAAUGUCUAAUUUCUAGAAAGUGCCAGAAAAUAUAUAACUAUUUUGAUUUUAUGUACAAUGAUUUAUACUCUCAUUUUGAAAAGAUUCCAUAAAGCACAUAAGCUAGAUAAUUAUGAGCAGUUUUUAUUCUUUUCUCUAAUAAUUAAUAGAACAUUAAAGAUUUGUAAAGACUCACCUUUUCAAAUGGUACUGGGAGCUCCAGACACUGAGACCACUGGCAGCAAAAAUACAAUAGACAUAACUAACCAUGUCACUACUGAAAUGCUCAAUGUUACGAAUAGAACGAAAUCUGACUUAGGAAUUUUGAACUUCCUCAAAGUAUCAGACUUUGCCUAAAGUCUGAUGACAUCUCUGGGAACAUCAGCAGUAGUGUCCAAAAUGCAGUAGCUGCCAGUGCAAAUUGCCUGCUUUCUUCUUCAUUUAACAAAACUCAAAGGCUAAAGUAGCUCAAAUUAAAAGUUCAGCCUGGUUUGAAUUUCAUCAUCUCUCUAGAUCUUCCAAGACCAACACUGAAAACCAGGUUCACUUUCCGUUCUGAUAGGAGCCUAGCUUUUUUGACAUCAGUGGGAAGCCUUCCUACACUGAUGUCAACGAAGAGAGAGGCCUUCACCUCCUCCUGCUGUGACAGUGACAGGAGACUCUAAUUGUGCUGUUUUCUCUCCUUGUGACCAAGAGUGUGACUGACCAGCUCUGUGGCCUGUGUCUCCAUCCUUGUAUUCAUGAACUGGUUUUGUUGAUGCUGGUAUCAUGCUUAGGGAAUUGUAAACUCUUUUAGGUGGUGUCACCAUCAGCCUCAUCAUCCAUGAAAUGCUGAAAAGAUACGCAUGGCCACUGCUGGGGUAGUAGGGUAGCCCUGGAACUCCAGGAGCAGCAGAUGGCUCUUUUGCAAACCCUGGUUUUCACCACUGCCUGUUGAGUUGGACCCAACCAUCUCUCGGGUCACAGGGGUCACAUGGCACAGGGCACUCCUGACCUUGUUCCCGCCACAGUGCCAUUCUGCACAGGCAUCUGACAGCUCAGAAGUUUGAUUGUUUUAUAAAGAAUCUUAAUCUAGCAGGGAAGCUGGUGUGACUUCCAAAGAGUAAAUCUUUCUUUUAGAGGCAUGUUCAUUCUAAAUAAUCAUACCAUGUUGAAAUCUCAUCAUCACAAUGUCCCCAGAGUGUUCAAAUAUAGCAUGCAACACAGUCAUGAAAUGUGCACUGAAAUCGCUGUCCUGGUUUGAAAACCAGUUGUAAAAAUAAGUUGUGAAUACUUACCAGACGAUAUCUAGAGUAUUCUUUACAAGGAACCGUAAGGGCCUCGAACAUAAAUUCCAAAAGAAUAAGCAAUAGCUUGUGAGACUGGGGGAGGAGUGGCCAAGGGAAGCAGCUUUGCUCAGCGGAACUUCAGGUACCUAAUUAUUGUGUAUUUAUUGCUGCGUGGGCACUGCUGGACUUGAGUUACCAGGCUUUUGUCUUGUUGCAAGUUUUUACUCUUUCAUUUGGCUCAAAAUCUGUGUUUCUAUCUUUUAGCUGAACAGAGCCCGUAGUUUGUUUUAAAGCCUUAACCUAAAGUUUAAGUUACAGAGUCUAAGUGUGUGGAUCAUCAGAAAAGGAGUCAUCAAAAGCAGGUCACCCUGUAGACGGAAACACUCAACCACAGUGAGCAUCUGAUUACACCUAUGUGAGCCUAUCCACAAAGAAAAAAUAAAUUACAAGUUCUCUCUUGAAGUCAGAAUUAUAAAUCUGUCUAGAUUAGAAGUAGGUUGUUUUUUUUUGUUUGUUUAAAUGCUUUCAAAAGUUUGAAAGCAUUUUACGCUGUUUCACAUACUUCCUAAAUGUAAAUCCUGAAAAUUAGAGACCAUAUUAUGUGAAAUGUUUAAGAAAUUCUGAAAGUCAUCUUUAUAAAUAUGUUGGCCACAUAUUUUUGACUUGUCCUUAUCUAAACCACAUCUGUCAACGUUCUAAAUAAUACCAAUACUCUUUGUGAGAAAAAGCUUACUGGUUGUCCUACGUUAAAUUCAACAGAAUUGGAUCCUCCCACAGUAAAUCCUAGUUGAAUGCUAAAAUAGCAACAGGCACUCCACACAGGGAACUAACAUUUCACCCAGUGUGCCAGAGCGCUUCUCUUACUUGAUUUUCACAUAGGUAAUUAAAACAUGCCCUCCCUUCACCAGUGACAAACUACAUGUAUCCUCACAUGUGUAUGUCUGUAUUAUGAGUUGCUGGCCCUGGCACUAAUCAGACUGUGUUCUGUUACGUAGUUGGGAAGGUUAUCCUCCUAGUGUGAUGAACUUGUGUCCUACCAGCAGAAUUAAAAGAAACCACUCUCCAACAGUUUCAUUUGGUAAUUAUGGGAUGCCUUCUUGAGCUGCCUUCAUUUAGUUUUCCUAAUGAGUACAUUCAGAUUUUAAAUUGUGUUUGUUAAUUCUCCCCAUUGGAAAACAAUGCUGUCUGAGGCUGGCUUUGUUACACAUACUCGGCUGAGAGAAGGAUUGUAAACAGGUGUAGUGUUCAGUAAGUGUCAAGGAAGAGAUUUUGCCAAAAGCAACAAAAGAGAAACCCUGAGCCAGACUGGCAGGCAGGGUGGCCUCCCAGGUAGCGGAAGCCAGUUAUCACAUGGGGAGAACCUAUUAUAUUUCUCGUUGAACCCAUGUGUUGCCAGCGGAACCAGUGGGUGAUUAUGGAAUAUGGAUAUACAAAGCCUGUCUUGUGCCGAUGCAGUGGCUGAUUCCAGACCGAAGCAGGAUUUUGUAAUGGGUGAAUGAAGCAGGAUUUUGCUCCUUGUGAUGGCAAAUAGGAACCCCUGUGAUCUGGGGUGCCAAUCUUCUGAAAGUGUUGGUUUCUGGUACCCAGACAGCUUAGGGUUGGCUGUGGAAGUCAGAGUCUGUUUUGAGGCCUCUUUCCUGGAGUCCCUGACAUGUGUGUUACACUGUGCCAAGAAAACAUUGAAAGUGUAAUGUUUGGUGUCACUGAGUGGCUGACGUGGAACUAGGAACACGCAUGGACAGCAUGGAGCAGGGGUUUCUUUACAGUGGCGUCUGCAUUCUGCUUGCUGGGGACUGUCUGUUCCUCAGUACAGAAUUCCUCACAGCAUCCAACAGGCUGAACACACCCACACUGCAAGUGCCUCUCCUAAAAUACAGAGCCCAGCAGAAAUGAGAAUUUGUAUCAGGAAGCAGGAAGCAAAAUGUUAGGUCAUGGUACAGAAGAGAAAGAAAAACUGCACGUUUUUUUAAAUCAUGUUUUUACUCAUUUUUUGAGUCUUUCAAUUUUUUUUUUUUUACUUCUUACCCCUAAAUAUUUGUAUUUUAUUGUCCUUCAAGUUCUUAUUUUAUUUAACUGAGAAAUAUUUGUUCAGACUCUUUAUAUCAGGUGAAAUUGGAAGUGUAAUUUUGUUUAAAAGGCAUUAUUAAAGAUCAUUCCAUUUAAUAUUCAUUUAUCCCAAUACAGACUUUCCCCUUGGAUUGUUACUGAUAUUCAACAGGCUUGUCUUGUUUAAGAUGUAGGAGCCAGGCAUGGUAGCCCAUGCCUGUAAUCCUAUAACUCGGGAGAGUGAGUGAGCAGGAAGGUCUUGAGUUCAAGGCUAACCCUAGCUAUAAGGCUUUUUCUAAAUAAAAUGUUCUGAUUAUCUCAAGUCACCUCAUAUGUGUUAUAAUGGUUAGGGACUCUCUCUCCUCAGACUUCUCUGUUAAACUGCCACAGGAAAAUACUGUCAUGUUGUCACCUGCUUAAUAAUCAUGUUGUAAUUACAUGCCUUGUUUUCUGGGGGAGUUUGAAAUACAGCCAGAUAAAUACGUAGGCUUUGUAGCUCUCGUUCAAGCACUUUCCUUGAUGAGGAUGGCUGAAUUAACAUGUCUCUUAGGUUCCGAACCAGUUUAAAGGUACUCCUCUUACUCAAGUGUGGCACAAAGUAAUUCAAGACACAAAGCAGGCACUAAUUGUCGUUGCAGAUCUUUGUAACUGUCUGAUCAUCCAAUUCAUGAAAGGGUAGAGAGUUCUUUUGCAAAAGUGAAAAUGCUUAAACUUAGGUUUUAUAUGUUCAAAAAUAUCUGUAUUAGCCUCAAAAUGUUAUGAUUCUUCUAACCCUGAUGCUCUUGAGGAGGCAGAAGGACUAGGGUGUGAAAUCAGUGUUUCUUCCCAGUUCACCAUGCUUGCUCUUUCACCCAUAGCCUCCUGGCCAUUUGCCACAGACCUCUUCCCCACAAUAGUAUUUCCCCAACUAUCCCCUCUGUACCAUAUCUACAGAAUGCCUCGUCUCUUCCAAUACCGACCACCAGCCAACAUGGAAGCCAUCUAUGCUCCCCAGGCUCCCAGAGGAGGUUACACACUAACCUGCAAGCCAAGGCUGCCGACACUGAACAUCCCUAAUGCAUUUCCAUCGCAUUCCCAAUGUUUCCCAUGUAAACCCGUCAAUGCGCCCGACGUGAGGUUGCCAACACUCAGGCUGGCCUUGUCUGUCUGUAAUGUAGGCUUCUCUCCCCCCUCCCCAUCCCCUGUCCACCCCCCUCCCUUCCUCUCUCCCUCUUCUGAAAGCAAUUCUUCCAUGUUACUUCACAGACGCCUGCCAACUACCCAGGAAAAUUGUGAAAGCAUUCAUGGUGUUUGUCUAGUAGAGGUGCUAUAUGAAAAAUGAAAAAAGGAAAGGAAAAAAGAGAGAGAGGAAGGAAGUAAGGAAGGAAGGAAGGAAGGAAGGAAGGAAGGAAGGAAGGAAAGAAGGAAGGAGAAAGGAAAGAAAGAAAGAAAGAAAGAAAGAAAGAAAGAAAGAAAGAAAGAAAGAAAGAAAGAAAGAAAAAAAGAAAAGAAAAAAGAAAAGAAAAGAAAGAAUUAUAAAUGCCUGGAGAGUUGAGUCUGGAACUUCAAUCAUUCUGUGUAUUUUUAGUACUUUUAAAAAAUGUGUCAAAUACACAUUUGACUCUGAAGGGGGAUGAAAAGCAAGAUUUGAACUAAGUGUUGUGAGUAGCUUCCUGACUCUGUUUCUCUCUCAAAAAUUUACCAUCCCUACUUCCCACUGGCCACUUAGAAUCUUUACCAUUACCUUAAAAUGGUUUUCCACCUUCCUACCGCUGGGACCCUUUAACGCAGUUGUGGUGACCCCCAGUCGCAAUUUUUUGUUCCUGCUUCAUAACUGUAAUUUUGCUACUGUUAUGACUCAUAAUGUAAAUAUCUGAUAUGUGACCCCACGGGGUUGCGACCCACACAUUGAGAACCACUGUCUUAAGGCGUAAAUGUAUAUAAAGGAGGACAAUUAACUCAAAGGUUGAACUUGUUAUUUAGAUAUUUUCUUUGUAACUCGAGAAUAAGCCAAGUUUGUGGAUAACCUACUGUGGUCAUUAAAGCUGUAAUCUGUAAGCCAGGAGAAGCAGCCUUUCAAGUAGAUUUUUUUUCUAAAGACUUUCACUGUUUCAGCUAGGAAGACCAACUCCUGGAAUAAAAGAUGAACAAGAUUCCCAUAACCUUUCUAGCAGAAUAUAGAUCUGUCUGCCACUGUCCCAGAGUGUUUGUUCUUGCGUAUGGUGUAUCAACAAUUUGUAUGGGUGGAGAGGGGAAAAAAAAAAAAGCACAUUUUUAAAAUUUCUUGCAAAAGUGAAUUAAUGUGUUCAAUGACAUCCUCCAGUUUUGUCUGCUGAGAAUUAUGCGUUUUUGGAGACAGGAGCACAGGGCUGUGAUACCUGUUCCAUCAUCAGCUUUACCAUAUCACCUCAAGCAAAUGAUUGAACUUCCUUGUGCCUCAGUUUCUCCAUAUUACAAAAUGGGGAUAAUGAUAACCAACCAUUGCCUACCUCAUAGAGAUGUUUUGGGGACAAGUAAGAUAAUGUAAGUAUGAAUGCUUUGACCUCCUUGAAAGGUGCUAUAUAACUUGAGGUUGCAUUGUUUUUAAUGAUCCAGUUCAUUGUAUUUAGGAUUAGAUAAUAGCAAUACUUUUUGUCAUGUUUCGAUUUGACGCACAUUUCUACUCCUCUUCUUAUGGCCAGACCACGAUUUUUCAUUCAGUAACGAUACUUAAGGAACUGACACGGGUGUUUGUUUUCUGUCUCUGAUGGUAAUAAUGUUGAUUCUGAAUAAUCAUAAAAGGCUGGAGUUUAAUUUGUGGCGGCUUCUAGUUUACACGUAAUGAACCUUACUCAAGCUGUAUUCUGAAAGUAUAAUUACUUGUAAAUAGCAGGUAUGUUAUAAUUAAAGGCACUUAUCAACUUGUCUUUGUUCUUUUUAAAUUGUAAUAAAGGUCAGUUUUAUAUGAAA